AAAUAUUUGAAUUUAGUUGCAAUCGAAAAUUCAUUGUCGAAAUAUCGUCGAAGAAAAGACGAAUAACACUGAUUAUAAUAAUAAAAGUUAAUAAAUAAUACAAAUCGGUGGAAAUAAAAUGCUGUUUCGAGUUGUGUGGUUAAUUUCUGUCAUUCUAAUGGCAAAUCAAGUUUUUGGCGAUGACUUCCAAUGUUAUCAGUGUCAUGGCGACAAUUGUGGUACCAAGGAUACCAUGGAAUUGAUUACAUGUUCGGUGACUGACGAUGCUUUAAAACCAACAGCUGGUCCCACUCCGACAACGCCGUCGACGCCAGAAAGUAGGAAUUACAGAUCGCACGUAAUACGGGCAAGGGCUCUUUCGGAUGAGAAUAAAGAAACAACGGUUCCUACAGCACCACCUACUUCAGAAUCAGCGACAGAAACAACGUCAGCAACAACGGUUCCUACAGCACCACCUACUUCAGAAUCAGCGACAGAAACAACGUCAGCAACAACGGUUCCUACAGCACCACCUACUUCAGAAUCAGCGACAGAAACAAUGACAACAACAACGGUUCCUACAACACCAUCUAAUUCAGACUCAACAACAUCUUCUGAAUCAACGCCAACAGGCGGAUCUACAACAUCACCCCCAGAAUCAACUAAAACACAAACAACAACGGUUCCUACUGAACCAUCUACUUCUGAAUCAACGACAACAAAAACUUCAGAAACAACGCCAACAACAACGGUUACUACAACACCACCUACUUUGGAAUCAACGACAACAACGCCUUCAGAAUCUACAACAACAACAACGUCAGAAUCAACGCCAACACCAGCAACAGAUUCUACAACAACUACUACAGAAUCAGAAACAACGCCUUCAGAACCAACAACAACACCACCUACUUUGGAAUCAACGACAACAACGCCUUCAGAAUCUACAACAACAACAACGUCAGAAUCAACGCCAACACCAGCAACAGAUUCUACAACAACUACUACAGAAUCAGAAACAACGCCUUCAGAACCAACAACAACACCACCUUCGGACUCAACAACAACAACAUCUUCUGAAUCAACGCCAGCAGCCGGAUCUACAACAUCACCCCCAGAAUCAACGCCAACACAAACAACAACGGUUACUACAACACCACCUACUUCGGAAUCAACGACAACAACGCCUUCAGAAUCUACAACAACAACACCAUCAGAAUCAACGCCAACACCAGCAACAGAUUCUACAACAAUUACUACAGAAUCAGAAACAACGCCUUCAGAACCAACAACAACACCACCUUCGGACUCAACAACAAGAGCAUCUUCUGAAUCUACGCCAACAGCCGGAUCUACAACGCCACCCCCAGAAUCAACGCCAACACCAACAACAGAUUCUACUACAGAGUCAACCACCGCUAGUUCAUCCACUAGGCCACCUUCAACCAUAGCUACCACAAAAAAUCCUCUUAGCCCACCAGGAACAGACGAUCGAUUUGCCUGUUACACUGUCCAAUAUCAAGAGGGUGGCCAAUCCAUCACUAAAAAGGGUUGCGUGGCUACACUGCCUUCGCAGGCUGCGUGCGACAUUGUUGAGACCAAUGUAGGCGUGAAUCUGGAAAAAUGUGAUAUUUGCCUGUAUACCGAGUGCAAUUCGGGCGCUAUUUUCAAAUUGUCCUUGCUCACACUGUUGGGUGUAGUGCUUGUAAGGCUUUUAAUAUAAGCCACAAUCAAAUGUAUUCUGAAAUUAGUUUAAGAAAUCAAUAUCGUGAGGGUUGGGUUUGAGUGGGCUUGGUUUUUCGAAGUAUAAUUUUAAUGCAACUGUGUCGAUGCGACUAUCUGUAUUCUUAUACCAUGAUACAAUGUCAUCCUAUAAGGCAUGGUACAAUUAAUUAAAGAAUACCUGAUUUCAAAUAGACGUACCAAACUCUGAAUUUUUUGUCAUUUAUCUUGUUAACAUUUACCUAAUUGUAAAUAUAUAAUAGUAUAAUAUAGAAAAAAAAAUGAAAAAUAAUAACCACAAAGUUACCCGAAAAUGUGCGAAAGAAAUUCCCAACGUUUCAUUCAUGUUAUGUGUCAUAUGUAAAGUCUAUUGAUAUAGUAAAACUCUAGUACAGAGUUGCAUUUUUAGGGCACAGGUUAUUGCUUGGUUGAAGAACAUGCCAGCAUCUACCAGAUUUGCCAUGGUAGAAGAAUACAGGUAGUCGCUUCGACACAGCUGCUGGGACAAUGAACUGUCAUUGAAAAUGUUGAAUGAAAAAUUAUUAAAACUUGUAAAGAUUGCUGAGAAAUGCAUAUUGUAACCUUUUUUGACAAAACAAUUUUAAAAUUUGCAUCUACAAGCUUUGAUGCAUCUACCUAUAUUCUUCUACCAUGACAUUUGCAUAAUAUCAUAAAACAAAAAUUCCGGUUAUCGUAUUCCGAAGGCAGUUCGGAAACUUCUUAGCCUAGCACAAAAUGCGCGGUAUAAACAGAAUAAGUGGUUGUGGCUUUGAAAUGACAGCAGUCUGAAGUUGGUUGCAGUUUUUUCAUCUAACCCAGUAUGAAACUUCCACCUCUGUUAUCAUGGUAGAAUAAUACAGGUAACAGCAAGUGUUGUUUUACACCAAUCGUAACAACAACCACAUACAAAUUUGUUUUUGUACGAAAUACAAGUUUCAGGGUUAUAUGUCCAAAAAUGUAAACAAAAUAAUUAAUUUCCAAUAAAUUAAUUUAAUUUCAAAAAUAUACAUUUUUUGAAUUUGGAUUAUUAAAUUGAAAA